ACGCUCGGCCUCAACACCUCCCAUCAACGGGGCAAAAUGGACUGAUAAAGCGUCACCGUGUGUGGCGAUGUUCAGAUUUGUUUGCCAUGGAAACGGACAUGACACCAAAAUUCUCCUCAAAAGACGAGGAAAUUGACUUCUGGAAGGCUCUUUCUCUGAAGUACAAGGAAAGCUGCCAGGAGGCUCGGGAGGAGCUGCUCGAGUUCCAGGAGGGCAGCAGGGAGCUGGAGGCCGAGCUGGAGGCGCAGCUGAACCAGGCGGAGCACCGCAUGAAGGACCUGCAGUCGGACAACGGCCGGCUGAGGAACGAGGUGGAGACGCUGAAGGAGAGGUUUGAGAAUCAGUACGCUCAGAGCUACAAGCAGAUCUCCAUGCUGGAGGACGACCUCGGGCAAACGCGCAGCAUCCGGGAGCAGCUCCAUAAAUACGUCAGGGAGCUGGAACAGUCCAAUGACGACCUGGAGAGAGCCAAGAGAGCGAUCAUCGUGUCUCUGGAGAACUUCGAGCAGCGUAUGAACCAGACGAUCGAGAGGAACGCCUUCCUGGAGAGCGAGCUGGACGAGAAGGAGUCGCUUCUGGAGUCUGUGCAAAGAUCAAAGGAUGAAGCCAGAGACUUGCGGCAGGAGCUGGCCGUGCGAGAGAGGCAGUCGGAUGUGACGAGGAUGUCGGCUCCGACUUCGCCCACACAGGAGAACGAGGAGAAGAUGGACACGGCGGUUCAAUCCUCCCUCUCGCUGCCCGCAACCCCACUGAGCCAAAGUCUGGACAACGCCUUCGCCAACCCGACAGUUCUGUCGAACGGCUUCAGCAGCAACUCUCCGCUGACUCCGUCCGCCAGAAUAUCGGCACUCAACAUCGUCAGCGAUUUGCUCCGGAAAGUCGGGGCUCUGGAGUCCAAGCUCGCCGCUUGCAGGAACUUCGCCAAGGACCAGAAGGCCCGGAAGGCGUUCGCCCUCGACAACGGCAACGCGCUCAACGCCAACACGACCGGCUACUCGCAGUCGCUCCACGUGUCGUACUACGACAAAGCCCGGACGGUGAACGGGCUGACGGCCAUCACCGCGCCUCCUGCGGCCUCCUCCCCGGGCUUCGUGCCGCUCGCCGUGUGACCGGAGCCGACUCCGCCUCCCACGUGGAGCCUGACCCCGCCUCCCACGUGGCGCUGUCACGGAGGGUCCUCGUCUCUAUAUCC